UGUACUAAUUGUGGUAUGCAAAUUGAACCAAAGAGCAAGUUCUGUAGCAACUGUGGUCACAGAAUUGAAGAUGUACAACAGUUAGAAUUACAAGAAACAUCAGAUGUAAACAAAGAAGGAGCGCCUAAAAUGACAAAUGAGGCAAGAGUCAGUUUAGAGGCCCUGAAAACGAAAUGGGGUGCUUCGGUACAGAGGAUGAACAAGAAAAGAGUAUUUACUGGUAUGAAAAAAGAGGAACCAACAAAAACAGUGGCUCUUCAUGUUAAGAUUUUAGACGGAAAGAUGAAGAUGGUGCAGAGAGCUUUUAAGGAUGGUAUGGGUGUAGAUCGGGGUUACGUCAAAAUUGACGUCCAAAUAGAUAGUACCUGCAGAGACUGGAUGAGAUCUGUUCGUGCCUGCUUCCAGCCAUCACCCGAUCUACAUCCAUACAUAUCCACCAGCAAAGGAAAUUUAGAUAAGAUUGAUUCAGCCUAUACAUUUAAACAGCUAAGAAAUAGCCAGAAAGAAAAAAAGGUGGCAUCAACAAAAUAUGCUAUCUACUUUCAGAUAAAAAAGAGUCGACAUGCUAUAGUUGGAACAUACCUAAAAUCUACAGAUGGAAAACGCAUGCCUGUACCUAAGGUUGUAAUUGAAAUAGAAGAUGAGAACGAACGUGAGCCUCAGGUCAAGGACGAAGACAGUUUCAUCAAUAAGCAAAACGUGGAGAUUCUGAGGGAACUCGAAAGGGAAAGUAGUAAUGACAAGGUAAGCGGAGAAGGUGAAGACCUAUGGGAAAGUGACCUAGAAGAUCCUGCACUUGACACGCUUACAGAUGAACUGGAUGCUUCAGAAAUGCAUGCUGUUGAAGAGCUUAUAAAUGAACCAGGAGUUUCGGGACUUGAUACAGUCGAAGAGUGUCCAGAUAAAAAUCCAUCACCAUGCUCAUCAUCAAAUGUAAAAGCAUUGGAUAUGGUUCUAGACAAGAAAAGACAAAGGAAAUCCGUUGCCGAGGGCAUAUCCCUUAAAUUACCAGAGGGUAAAAAGAAAUAUAUCACCGUUGUUUACCAGGAGCAUGGUGGAAUAUCUAUAUCUCGCCAAUUUGGAGAAAAUGAUACACUUCAGGUUUUGUAUACGUGGAUAUGCAUGGAGAUGGACCCGGAAAUUCUUCCACCAAAGUUUCAUUUAGGAUGCCAUGCCCCAGAGAAAUGUACAGAUGAUGAUUGUGACCACAAUUACAUUUUGACUCCUGAUUCGGCGAACUACAAAAUUUACAAGCACACGCCAACAUUAUUAUUUAUUAAAGAAGAUAUCUACCAUCUCAAUGAGACAAUGACUAACUUAGAUGAUGUAUUUUUUAAGUAGAAGUCUACAGAAUGGUCACGUGAAGAUGAUUUCUACAUAAAAAUCAGUACAAAUUAAGACUUAUAACUUGAUCUCGUCAGAUUGCAACAUGAAAUCUGAGACAAUUGUUCUAGUAUUAGAAAUUAUUAAUAAUGUUUAUAUUGUUCCUGAAAUGACUAGCUAGAUUUAUAAUUGUGUACGUAUGUUACUGUGUGGCUGUUUGUAUGUGUGUGUGUAGGUGUGGAAAAAGGGGGAAGUUUCUAAUAAAACCUGUUGACAACAUUGAAGAUUAAAAAUUAUAAACCAGUUUAUGUAGUAAUAAAAUCCAGUUUUUGAGACCACAGAAUCAACAAAUAAUCGUUCUGUAUGUAGUAAAAUCUGUGGAAAUGAUACAUGAUUUGUUCGAAUAAAAUAGAUCUUUUGUGAACUUUAAAUUCACAAUCUGAUGUCAUAAUA